GCACCAGCACCACCACAGCCACCUCAGUCGCCGCCUCUACCACCACGACAACCGCCCUCCCACUACAACCACCACCACCACUAGCAAAUGGUUUUUUUGUUCAUAGGUAGGUCUUCAUUAAGAGACCGACUUGGAUUCUAAAUACCACUACAACCGCCGCCACCACGAUCAGUAAAGGAUGUUGUGAUUUUCAUUCCGCUACGGACUAUGAGGAAAGUUAUUGGAAGUGUGGCACGGCAUUAAGUACAGUGAGAACUUACCGGCCGGCAAAAUAACAACAACAACAACAAGAUCAAGAAAGAAUAAGGACAAUAAGUGUAAUGAUAAUUAUAACAAUAUCGUCAGUAAACAGUUUACACUGGAAAUCGAAGCUUCUGCAACACUCAAGGCGGCACAAUGGUAAGAAGUAUAUUUUCAAUAUAGGAUUAAAAUUUCAUUUCUAAAAGCAGCGCCAGCCUCAAACAGAAACAUUAAUAAAUCACUUCAAUUUGAAGCGGAGUAUAUCACUUCUGAAGAACUCAAGCAGAAUGCUUCCCGAAAAUUUUAAUAUAUCAAACAAUUAUACAACAGAGAAAAUCUGGAAUGAAUUUGUAAAUCCUUUUGAUCAGCUACGCGUGAAGAUAAUUUUCUGCACUUUGUAUUCAAUUAUAUUUGCGUCUUGCUUUUUCGGUAACUUGCUGGUCCUUUAUAUUAUCAUUAGAAAUGCUCGCUUGCGAACACGAACCAAUUUUUUCUUAGCAAACCUUGCUGUUGCGGAUUUCUGUGUCGGUGUAUUUUGUGUCUUUCCAAAUUUAUCAAUGUAUAUUUCGCCAAUCUGGCAUUUUGGAAGGGUGAUGUGCAAAAUCUAUUACUUCGCCCAUUAUAUGAGUCUCACCGUACCCGUUUUACUGUUGACCGUUAUUUCAAUGGAACGUUACGUGGCCAUCUUGCAUCCUCUGAAAGCCAAGCAGCUGUUCACCUUUAGACGAUUUCGUAUUGUUCAAAUACUAAUUUGGUUGUUGAUGGUGGCUUACAACUCUCCUCAGCUGAUUGAUUAUGACACCUUCACAAUAGGUAGCUACACGUAUUGCUACAUGAGAUCAGAAAAAAUUCAAACCAACGUGUAUGUAUUAGCUAAUCUGAUUAUUUGGUAUAUCAUUCCGCUGGUAGUGCUAACAUUUAUGUAUAUAAAAAUAGCAGCAGCACUUUGGCGUAGCAGCAACAGCAGCCUGAACGUAGCAUUGAACACAAAAUCGGGUAGCAGUAUUAAAUACAACACGAAUAUUAGCACGAGUGAGCCGGGCAAUAUGAUACACUACACUUCUACAACAACUACGUUGGUGCUGAAGGAGAAUUCGAUAAAAGAAAUGGACGCAGAAGUGAUACAGUUACAUCGUAACGUAAAGGAUAUGAUGAAACAUCACAGCUUUUGUCAAAGCAGUUUACCUAUGUCAGAAGCUCAGACGGAGCAAGAAUCCAUAUCUGAUUAUGAAUCACAAAUCGAAAAUGAAAGAAAUAUAAUUUACACCAAAACACCACAAAGUUUCACUGAAAGAGCGAAACAAAGCAAGACGACUGUUCACAAAAAUAGAGACCAUAGUCAACAUUUUUCAUUUAAGAAAUCAUCUUCUACGAAUUCUAACACAAGUCAGUGUGAUUCUCCGUAUUCAGAAAGAGACGUUCAAAUCCACUAUCCAAGAAUCAGUACACACAAAGUUAUUGAAGCUCGUAAAAAAGUCAUCAUACUUUUAAUUAUGAUCAUUUGUUCAUUUGCAGUUCUGGCUUUACCUUAUCAUAUUCGAUCCUGUCUCUACUUGUGGAUUGACACGACUUCCCUGGGCAGUCUUCUUUCUCCAAUUUGUUACUUGCUGUACUACGCUAACAGCGGCUUAAACCCGCUCCUUUACGCUUUGCUUUCCGAAAACUUCCGAAGGAGUUUCAGAGACUCUUUUAGUUGUAGAAGAAAAAGAUAAAUAUUUCUCUCAUUCCCUUUCCUAUUGUACCUAUUACUUCAAUUAAUUUAUGCCAAAUUUUAAAAAACGCUAACAUGAACAACUAAAAAUGUAUCAUUUCUAUAUCUGAAAAUUAUAACUUACACGAGUGCAUAUAUGUAUGUGUGUGAUGUAUAUUGAAAUUUUGAGAUUUAUUUUGUCUGAUCUAAGUGAAUAUACUAUUUUCAAAAUCUCUUUAUAAAAUAUUUAACUUCAUAUUUUCAUCCAUCUGUUCGAUUUUCGUUUGCACAUCGAGUAAUACAUUAGAUCUACUGUGUCUCCGCGUCUGCUUUUAUUACUUGCAAAUUCCCUUUUUUUUUUCAACUUCGAAACAGACCAUUGUUUACCUACUCUGUCUAGAAUCUCGACAUUUUCUUUUUGUUCUUUGCAUUUAUUCAUUUUUGAUGCGGAAUCAAAUUUAUAAGGGGAGAAGGAGAGUGUUUCCUGUAAUAAGUGUUGUGGUCGAAGUCUUUUCUGGUAAACAACAUUUGGAUAGGGUUAAAAGGAAAUAGUGUGUACCACAAAGAAUUGUGACUAAAGAUAUUUUGUAGGAACACUUAAUUAUCGAUUUCACAUUUUAAUGUGGUAUUGGGGCUGUUAAACAU